CAGAACUAUCAGGAUCCCCUGCCCAGACAAAUGUCCGACACUCGAACCCGCUCUGCUCCGUUGUAGAAGUGCUACCGUUAUCAUCGGUAAACUCCGCAACACAGCGGCGCCAGGCGUACGCUUUCGUCUCAUAUCUCUCCAGCAGUGUGAAUUGCGCCGGGUGUUCGACUAGAUAGAGCUUGCCGGGAAUAGCAUCAUCAUCAGCAGCAGCAUCGACACCUUCCCCACCCUCCGUUCUGCUACCAUUGGAGCUGGAGGGCUUGGGGAUGAGAGUGGGAUAGGGACCCCACAUCUUCAUUUUGUAGUUUCUGAGCUUUGCGGCGCGGAGAGGCGGCGGAGGACUGGGGAGAGCUAGGACAUGUUGGAGGACGUCGAGGUCCAUGAGGGAGCCGUAGACGAAGAGGUAGGUGGUUUUCCAUGGCGGGUCGAUUUGAGGAGCAGUCCCGUCUCGAGAGGACUCCAUGAUGAUAAAUAAGUGUUAGUAGUAGCUGGAGCUAGAGGAUUGUCGGAAGGCAUGAUUUGUGGUAAGGUUUAUUAUAAGAGGCCAGAAGGAGAUGAUGACGAGAAAUUUGGUACCCAAGUUGAUCCCAAGGAACUGCGCCCAGGUUGACCCAAAUACUCCGUAUGUCGCUAUAGAUCGGAUUCCACUAAAAAUACAUUACUGCCCUAACGUUAACCCCUCGAAUCUCGAGUUCUGGGCGGCUAUUGUAAGCGCCGAUCUGCCUAAAUAUUUAUUUACCCUUGCGUGGUGACUAUAUUCCUGGAGAGCUCUAGAUCUGCAGCGCAACACGGACAGACAGUCUCUCUCAGCUUUGUUCUAUCUGUAAUACCUCUGUCAUCUGUUUGAACACUGGCUACUACUGCCUUGCUAUUUCUCCGCUCUGAAUAAAUCUACGAUCUCCCAUUUUUCAAAAUUUAACUAUCAUAUGCCGUGCAAUUUUGCAAUCCAACUCAAAUGGCUCCUCCAAACCUGCUCGCAGCCUUUCACCGUGACUCGCAGUUCUCGAAACGGCUCAUAGCUUCAUAUGUGUUAGACUGGAUAAUAAUACUGGUAACCGCAGCCGCAGCUCGCAUUUUGAAGCUCGCAGAACCUAACAGAAACCCCUUCUCGCUCACCGACCCAAGCAUAUCAUACCCGUUUACCGUUGAUGAAACCGUUAAAGUUACCGUUUUGGUCCUGGUUAGCCUCAUCGCGCCCGCAGUUAUCAUAUUUCUCGGGAGCAUUUUUUUCGUCCCAGGUCUCACGGCGGCCAAACAUGCGCCCAAGGCUGCAGUAUGGCGACGCAAAUUGUGGGAGUGGAAUGUUGGAUGGAUGGGAUUAGGCAUCGCGUAUGCUGGGACAUAUGCGUCUACAGAGGCUCUUAAGGUCAUAUACGGGAAACCUCGACCGGAUCUGCUUAGUCGCUGUAAUCCGAAUUUGUCAGAUAUUGCAGCGCAUGUGGUUGGAGGUCUGGGGGAAAGGCUUGACGGCGCGCCGCUUCUCGUCUCGUAUACGAUCUGCCAGAAUACCUCUAAGAAACUCGCCCGGGAUGGCUUUGUGAGCUUUCCCAGCGGACACGCCUCGUUAUCAUUCGCAGGCCUCACCUACCUAACCCUCUGGUUUUGCGCAAAGUUCUCCGUUUCCAUCCCGUACCUCGCACCAAGACAUUAUACCCCAGAUACCCGACAAACUGCCUUCUCAACAUACACCGCCACAGCCAACCACACCCGCAGCACCAGCAAAGACCCAACCCCCUUCGAUGAACCCUACCCCAGCACCUCCCUCACAAACCCCUCACAAACCCCCAUCGCCCUCCGAGCCCAAUCCGCGGCCCCACCAACCUACCUCCUCGCCCUCGCCGCCGUCCCAAUCGUCCCCGCAACCUACAUAGCCUCUAGCCGCUGGUUCGACAACCGCCAUUUCGGCUUCGAUAUCCUCUUCGGCAGCCUGCUGGGCAUCUUCUUCGCCUGGCUGGGGUUCCGCUGGUACCACUUGCCGCUGAGCGCGGGCGGUGCGGGCUGGGCUUGGGGCGCGCGGAGUCCUGAGCGUGCGUUCUUUGCUGGGGUGGGGGUUGAUGGGUAUGUGCGGCAUGAGUGUCUUGUUGAGGGAAGGGAGGAGGAUGGGCGGGCGCCGGGGGCGGCGGCGGCGACGUCGUAUUCCCCUUCGUCGAGGCCGGGAAGUGGGGUGGUGAGGAGGGGAGGAGAUAAUGUUUGAGAGGAACGUGUGGUUUUUUUCCCAUUAUGGAUUGGGGAGUGAUAUUUCAUCGAUAUUUGGCAUUUGAUAUUUAUUCAUAUUUUAUGUUGUUUCGGGUAUCCAGUGACGUGUGCUUUUCUUGAUUUACUAUGCUUUUCGGAAUUAAGAUAUCCAUAUAAGUUAACUUUUAACUUCAUGAGCGGGCAAAGCAAUUGUACAUUUCAUAUGUUCCAUUCUAGAAAAAGGCAUUUAAUAGUAACGCAGUAUAGUACAGGUAUUUGUGCUGUGUAAUUCAACCUUGCCGGGUUUUCUCCUAAUGCCAGCUCAUAUAACACACAAUUGGUUGGGAUAUUAUAUGCCGUCCAACCUCUGGUAAGAUCCAAAUAUAUGAAAGCUACCUAAACUCCGUGAAAAAACGUAAAGCUCCCAAACCAUGCCAAGUUUCACUCAACGCCCAUCAAACUUAUCGAGCGACACCCGUUCAUCUCCAGCCCCCCACCCUCCCUUCAUCCCACCUAGCCCUCAUUUCCCUCCUAUUCUCCAACCUCGCCCCCUCCGUCCUAACCCUCCUAACCCACUCCACAACCUCCCUUUCAGUCGCCUUCUCUUCACUACCCUGCUCACUCUCCAAAAAGCUCUCCUCAACCGCUCGACACACAGCUUCUUGCUCCGCAAUGCCCGCCACG